GUGGACCUGCCUGUCAGAUGGUUUGUUGUUGUUCUGUCUGGAAGUUUUAGAGGGGAAUGGGAAAGCGAGAAAUUUAACAAGCUAACCAGGAAACGGGAUACUCAGGCGUCCAGUCCGAUGGAGCUUCAGCAGCCGUAACUUUGCCCGACGGAAGAGACAGCUUUUGUUGCACAAGCUUGUCGAGCUCAGGUUUGUUGAGCCUGCCAGCGAAGUGAAGAAGAGCCUCGCAGCAUCCUGUCUUCGCAGUGGAGGUUGGAAGGUCAUCUGUGGAGAGUACAAUGAGAGAAGAGGUGUGCACCAACUCCCCUGAAGGAGGACUGGGGGCCAGUGAAGAGGAGCUGGAGAGGGGGUCGAAAAAGAGCCUCCAAACAGGGAAUCGAAAACGCUCCCCUUAUCCUAAGAAGGACAGCCUCAGUCAGGCGGAGGAGAGCAGCACCGGCAGCCCCAACAGCCUGCUGCCGUCCGGGCCGAAGAGGGUGAAGAAAAGCCCCACGACGAUCGUGACGCUGGCCCCCACGUCUUUGGGGCCCAGGUCGGAGCCGCCGUUCGAGGAGCUGCACUCUCAGCGGGUUAUCGCCAACGUGCGGGAGCGUCAACGCACUCAGUCCCUGAACGACGCCUUCGCCUCCCUGCGCAAGAUCAUCCCCACGCUACCUUCAGACAAGCUGAGCAAGAUCCAGAUCCUGAAGCUGGCCUCGCGCUACAUCGACUUCCUCUACCAGGUGCUGCAGAGCGACGAGAUGGACGCCAAGCUGGCCAGCUGCAACUACCUGGCCCACGAAAGACUGAGCUACGCCUUCUCCGUCUGGAGGAUGGAGGGGGCCUGGGCCAUGUCCACCAGCCACUAGGACCCCGCUGAACCUCUCAAACACCCUCUUGUGUCCACACGUCCAACCUCUCUCUCCCCCCCUUCUCCUCCCCCUCCAACCUCUGUCUGUGUUUGCACCCACUUCCUGACCUCUGAACCUUUAAAUUCUUCCCCUACGGUCUGAUCUUAACCUUUUCAUCUAAACCCUUCGCAUACAUUUCUCAUCCCACACGACCUCCGUGUCCCGAAACGGUUCAGUCACGCUGAACGUCCCCGAUACCCCUCCACACUCCUCCUCCCUCCCUCCCCCCUCCUCGUUUACCCUCCACUCUUUCCACUUCGCUCCCUUGUCUGUCCCACAGUUUCGUCCAGUGCAACAAGUUGCUCCACUGCAGCCCCUCAGAAAAUCGACAAAUGGAAAAUUCUCUACACUCGAAGACGUCCGUUCCCGCCUCACCAAGUGUCUUUUUUCAUCUUUGUCCCCCCUUUGCCCUCCGUCCUCCCCCCGGACACGUGCUCAAGCCAUGACUCUUAAGACGUCGUCUCACAGCCUUCACAGCGGAGCAUUUCAGAGACUCUGGUGAGACGCUGAACUCAUUAAAUGAUGAAAACGAGAAGAAAACAAAACAGCUGGCCUGCGGUGACAAUGAAACAAAAUGGCUGCUGGUUCGAGUGCCUUCGGUAACACCGUAAUAACCACUGUCAACCUGACUCUCCACGUCGGGCGACUCCCUGCCAGACAGACAUUAGGAUGACUAAUGAUAAUGGCGCAGUGAUGGUUAGAGGGCGGUCACAGCCAAUGAAUGUUUACAGCUAAAAUGCUAAUAAGCUAAUCGCUCUGGAUCUCAAGGCCCCGUCUUGUGGGAAGAGGAAGAGCACGAGGAAUCUGACGCAGAUCUUUGUCGUGCUGCAGUAACUGGAUAGCCUUCUGUGUAUUUUGGGGUUUUUUAAAAGUGUUUUCUGUUUGCGAACGUGCGCUGCUUAAACCCUGCUUAUGCGUUACUCUCGGCUUUAAAGAAAAAUGUUUUAAACCACUGAUCAGCCGCCUGUUUAUUUUCACUUUUUUUUUUUUACUAUAAGUGAGGAAAUUUUAUUUUGUAUUUGUUUGUUUUUUUUUACAUAAAAGAUGCUUGUUUUCUUGCAGCUUUAAGAUACCUUAAAAAAAAAGUAUUCUCAGUGAAUAAUGCAAAAAAAUAAAACAGCAGCGAGUUCCUUGUAAAAUGCGCUAAAGUGGCGCCUGCAGCCUCUUUAGAGUAGAUUCAUUUGUAUCCUGAGUUGCUGUGUGAUUGUGUUUUUGCUGUGUUGUGUUUGCUUUUGAUAUUUUUUUUUUUCUCGUGUCAUCUCCUGUGGACAAUAAAACUUUCCUGGAUGUUGUA